GGUUAUAAUUUCCUGAACAAACUAAAAAAAAAAAACAAGCUUACGAGUUUUUGUAAUAUAAUUUUGAAAAUGAGGGAAUCUUUUUUGUCUAACUGUGAAAAGAGCUUUUUACAAAGAAUUAUUUCAGAAGGGCAUCGCCUCGAUGGAAGAAGUUAUAAUGAAAGCAGAAAUGUGGAUAUAGCUUUUGGCUCACAAUACGGCAGUUGUAUUGUAUCUCUGGGCGACACAAAAGUGCUAGCGCAAGUUUCGUGUGAAGUGGUGCAACCCAAGGCAACAAGGCCAAAUGAGGGUAUCUUGUACAUAAAUGUGGAGUUGGGCCCUAUGGCUGCCCCGCAGUUUGAAGCCAACCGCCAGACAGACCUUUCUGUGUACCUGAAUAGGCUGCUUGAGAAAUGCUAUAAGGACUCAAAAUGUAUUGAUUUGGAAACACUGUGCAUUGUCGCAGAAGAAAAGGUUUGGUCACUACGAGUGGACAUAAAAGUCUUAAACCAUUCCGGAAACCUCAUAGAAUGUGCCAGUAUAGCAGCUCUCACUGCACUCGCUCAUUUCAAGAGACCUGAUGUCACUCGCAACGGAGAUGCUGUCACUAUACACACUAUGUCUGAAAAGGAUCCCAUACCCACUGUGCUUUAUCAUUACCCAGUUUGUCUGACAUUCGCUAUAUUUAGUAAUGACAUACUAAUAUCAGAUCCCAGUCUAAUAGAAGAGUCAGUAUGCACAAGCAGCACAGACGAAGGCAUCAACACCGGCGGCGGCCUGCUAGUUAUAGGCAUGAACCAAUACAAGGAGCUCUGCUUACUAGACCUCACAGGGGCCGCCAUAUAUAACUCCAACUUAGUACACAAAGCCAUCUUAAGCGCAGCCAAUAGGAGUAAAGACGUUGUUGAUAUGAUCAAGAGUUGUAUUGUUAGCGAUGAUACAAAGAGGCAAAAACGCGUGAGAAUAAACUUCUCAGACAUAAUAACGAGCGAGCACAUGCUGUCGCUAAGCCGACGCGACGUUAGCAUCCGUCUCAAGCAUUACAACGUGGACGACGUGCAAGACGAAGAGAUGGAGGAAAUGGAGAGCGACGGCGUGGAGGAAGUGGAACCCAGCAAAUAUGAUGUGGUUUCAUCAGUGCCUCAAACUGCGGAAGUUGUAUCUAAGAAGAGUACAUCAGGAUGGGUGGAGGUUUCAUCGGAAUCAGAAGAAGACUGUACUGUAGUAGAGUAAUAGUCAUGUAUGUUACAUAAAAUGUAAUAAAAUUGCAUUUUACAAUUUACUGUUAUUAUCUCUUAACAGCACUAUAUUAUUAGCAUUGCAUUUCCCUCAUAAAUUAACAAUCAUACAUAACACUUUGACACUGCAAGGGUAGUAUAAUACAAUAAUAUCGGCUAAUUAUACUACAUGGAAAUAAAUAUUACUCAAUAAUGAAGUGAAUCACAUCAUAUGAUGCUUACAGAUUCAUAGAAUAAUUAAUACAUUUAUAAGUUCAUUUAUUGACAAUAAUUUCAUUAUUUAAAAUGUCACGCAAAAAUAAAAAGAAAGAUUAGUAAACAUCACACAUUGAUUUUCAUUCUUAAUAUUUCCCAAUACAUUCUGUCUUGAUACAAGAAAACAGUUGCGUUAUACUUUAUACUGCAAUCAAAUAUAAUAUCCAAUUACCAAGACCAAAUUACAAAACAAUUCUGUAUCAAAGUGUAUAAACCUAAGGUAUGCAAUCAUCAUGAACUAUGUUGUGUGUUAUGAUUGGUACAUUUUAUAGAUUUACUAACAUUUAUAACACAUAUUUUUUCAAAUAAAAUUAAAGCUUGUUCUUACAAAGAUUGACUGAGUACCUGAACUGUUUAAAAGAAAUGUUAUGAUUGUGUUAAUACAAAACAUAUUUAUAAUACUGUUAGUUGCGGUUACAUAAAUAAAUACAGCUCAGGCAGGUUUCAAAUUAAUUUCUUAAAUAAAAGGUACUCCCAGUAUUCUAAUUUUGAACGAAAAAAAAGUAAAAGGAAAAAGUAUCUGUGCAACUGCAAGGUUUGUCGGUAUUUACGCCGAAACUGAACCUUUGGUUG